AUGCGUGCGAUCAAGUACUUGGGGCUGAUGAUCGACGAUCGGCUGAGUUUCACGGGCUAUGCCGAUUACGCCUGCAAAAGAGCGACAAUGGCGACGGCAGUCCUCUCGCGGGCCAUGUCGAACAAAUCAGCGAUCCGCUGCAGCAGAAGGAUGGUCCUGGCGAGCGGGACCUCGUCCGUUUUGCGGUACGGAGCGGCAGCCUGGAAGGCAGCUUUGAGCAGGCAGUGUUAUCUGCAGAAGCUCUGCAGGGUGCAGCGGCUGAAAAACUUGCGAGUUAUCAGCGCAUACCGAACAGUGUCCUCGGUAGCAGCUGAUGUCAUACCCGUGUCGGUCAUGCUGAGCAAUAUUGCUAGAGUGCCACAUCGCAAGCUUGCCGUUGAAACGGUGUAUAGCUAG